GCAAAGCCGCAGGAUUGUGAUAACUGCCUGGUGUUUUGCAACUGCUCUUGAUUGUUGCCUUAGGAAACGAAAAGCAAAAGUGUGAGGAUUUCGCAGAGUCCCGUUUUCUAGGAUACGAGGGCGGUCUUGGGAUGGAAGGGGAGCCUUUAGGAGGGUCGGAGGAAAGGGAGGAAUCCAGAGACAAAGGUGUUGGGGUUGGAAAUCUUCUUGAGAUGGAAGAUCUCAAGAAGGAAGCACCAGAAGGAUGGCUAGAGAAGCAGGACCCAGAAGCUACUCUGAGCGGGGAGCAGAGAGCCUUAAUGCUGGGGAGCAUAGAGAGAGAAGGAAGACCAAGAGGUGUCAUUAAUGCAGGUGGGAAAGAGCAGGCAGAGCUUGAUAUCCCCGAUAGCUAUUCAAGAGCUGACGAUUGUCAAAACCAAGCCAAGAUAGAAGGCCAGAGAUGGAGAAGCCAGGUGAGAAGACGCCGGAUGAAAGAGGUUUCCCAAGAUCCUCCAGGUUUCAUCAACCUCCUGGGCAUCCUGGAACCGCCACCUCCUCUUCCGCCUUCCACACCCCAGAAGGUGGUAAACAAGCCCUUCCAUUGCACGGAGUGUGGAAAGUGUUUCUCGCAGAGCUCUGUGCUCAUCGAGCACCAGAGAAUCCACACAGGGGAGCGGCCCUUUGUGUGCAAUGUGUGCGGGAAACGAUUCUCCCAAAGCUCCACCCUGAUGGGCCAUCAGAGGAUCCACACAGGCGAGAAGCCCUUCGCCUGCCCUGAAUGCGGCCGGGGCUUCAGCCGCAGCUCCGCUCUGACCGAGCACCAGCGCACCCACACGGGAGAGACUCCUUUCCCCUGCCGGGAGUGCGGAAAGGCCUUCAGCCGUACCUCCAACCUGGUGAAGCACUUGCGCACCCACUCGGGCGAGAAGCCAUACAGCUGUGCCCUCUGCGGGAAGCGCUUCUCGCUCAGCUCCAAUCUGCUGAAGCACGAGCGCACCCACUCGGGGGAGAAGCCCUUCCCCUGCCCCCUUUGCGGGAAGCGCUUCAAGAAGAAGACCCACCUCGUCUCGCACAACCGCGUCCACACCGGAGAACGGCCCUACCGGUGCGAGGAGUGCGGGAAGUGCUUCUCUCAAAGCUCGUCUCUGAUCGAGCACCAGAGGAUCCACACUGGGGAAAAACCCUACAAGUGUCCCCAGUGUGGCCGAGGCUUCUAUGUCAACUCCAAAUUGGUCAAACACCAGAGAAUCCACACGGGGGAGAAGCCCUAUGCCUGCUCGGCCUGUGGGAAAACUUUCCGAUACAAGCAGCAGUUUCCCCGUCACCUGGCCCAUGUCCACCCAGGGGAAGAGCAGGUUUCUGUCCUUAACUUGGGGACCAGUGUUAAUAUGCUACUCUCCUAGGGUGUAAUCCCAGGGCCCAGUGGCUGGCCUUUAAGUCCCAGAAGGCUAAUCCCAGUCAGAGGCAGAAUCGUUGCCAAAUAUGGUUGAUUCCUAGAAUAGCAUCUUUUGCUGAACGAUUCAAGCAGUUUCUGAGGUGCUCCAACUUACAGAGAUAGUCCUUGACGUUAAAACCACGAUUGAGCCCAAAACUUCUGUUGCUAAGCAAAACAGUUGUUAAAUGAGUUAUGCCCCAUUUAAUGAUCUUUCUUGCCACAGUUGUUAAGGGAAUCAAUGUAGUUGUUUAAUAGGUAACACAGUUGUUAACUGAAUCUGGCUUCCCCAUUGAUUUUGCAUGUCAGAAGGUCCCAAAAAGGAAUAAUGUGAUCCUGGGACACUGCAAUUGUCCUAAAUACAUGCCAAGUUGCCAAGCUUCCAAAUUUUGAUCACAUGAUCAUGGGGAUGCUACAACAGUCAUAACUGUGAAAAACGGUGACAAGUCACUUUUUUCAUAUUGUCGUAACUUCAGACGGUCACUAGGUACAUGGUUGUAAGUCAAGACCAGUGGUGGGAUUCAGCCAGUUUGCACCACUUCAGGAGAACCGGUUGUUAACUUUCUGAGCAGUUUGGUGAACUGGUUGUUGGAAGAAAUCAUUAGGGCAGACAACUGGUUGUUAAAUUAUUUGAAUCCCCCCACUGGUCAAGACUACCCAUAUUUCUACCUUAGUGAAUGUCACAGUUGGGUGGUCUACUUCAUGAUGCCGCCUUUAUCCUCAUUUAAAGAAGCUACUUCCCCAAAUUAUAGUUUGUUUGUUUUUUUAGUUAAUUAUACAGUAUAGGUAGUCCUCAGCGUAUGACCACAAUCAAGCCCAAAAUUUCUGUGGUUGUGAUACAUUUCUUAUGCUGUAAAAUGGGAGUUUUCUUAUGACCGGGAUAUCUACGAGACCGCCUUCUGCCACCGAUAGCCUCCCAAUGACCUGUGCGCUCCCACAGAGUGGGCCUUCUCAGGGUGCCGUCGACCAAACAAUGUCGGUUGGCGGCCCCCAGGGGGAGAGCCUUCUCUGUGGCAGCACCAGCCAUUUGGAAUGAGCUGCCUCCGGGGUUACGCCAACUCCCCGACCUCCGGACCUUCAAACGGGAACUGAAGACUUUAUUAUUUCAUCGAGCAGGGACUAGCCUAAGUGUAUUUUAAUUGUUAUUUUAAGGGGUUUUAUGUCGGUCUAAGACCGUUUUAGUUGAUUUGGCCUACUAAAUAUUUGUUUUUAAAUUCUUUUAAAUUUGUUAUUUAUUCUCUGUAUUUUAAUAUGGCUGUAAACUGCCCUGAGUCCUUUGGGAGAAGGGCGGUAUAGAAAUUAAAUUAUAAAUAAAUAAAAUAAAAAUAAAUUUAACAGCAUUUUUUGCCACGGCUGUUAAGUGAAUGACUGCAGUUGAUAAAUUAGAAAGCUGGUUAUUAAAUGAAUCUGGCUUCCCCAUUGAUUUUGCUUGUCAGAAAGGUGCAAAAGGGGAUCACGUGACCCUGGGACACUGCAACCCUCAUAAUACGAGUCAGUUGUCAAGCAUCUCAGUUUUGAUCAUGUGACCACAUGAAUGCUACAGUGAUCGUAAGUGUGAAAAACGGUCAUAAGUUCCUUCUUUCAGUGCUGUUGUAACUAAAUGAACUGUUGUAAGUGCAUGUCCCUAUGACAGAGGCCGUGGUGCUUCAGAGGGUUCCCAUUACAGCCAGUUUGCAAUAGGGUCAAGAGUUAGAAACUUGACAUCUUGUUCCAAGUAGUCCUCGAAGUUACGAUGGUGCUGAAUAAAAGAUAACUAAUUCCAGCGCAGUGAUGUGGUUGCAACUCAGGUUCUUGGCAACCAGCAUUUAUUUAAGAUGAUUGCUGUGUUCCUGGAGUUACGUGAUUGCCAUUUUGCAACCUUCCCGGUUGACUUCUGACAAGUAAAAUCAAUGGGGGAAGCCAGAUUUGUCUUAUGACUGCAUGACUUGCAUAACGACUGGUAAAAAAAUGUUGUAAAACAGUGUGUGGUCACAUGAUUCAUUUAACAACCGCAUCGGUUAAAAAUAGAAGUCCCAAUUCCCAAUUGUGGUUUUAAGUCAAGGACUAUCUGUAUAUUAACUAACACAACAUCUGUAGAGAUUCUCAGUCAUCAGGGUCAUGGUUGUCCCAAAGGUACUUUUUCAGGAGCCAACUGGACUUUCUUGUUUUUUCUUUGAAGACAUUUUACUUCUUAUCCAAGAAGCUUCUUCAGCUCUGAUAGAAUAGUGGGGAAUCGAAGGAUUUAUAUUCUUUGCAGACAGCUGGUUAUUUGUAUCCUUUAAAGCAGGGGUGUCAAAAUGGCGGUCUGUGCAGUGGUAAAAUCUGAAUCAGUUUGCUACCAGUUUGCUGGCCGCCCAUGCGCGCCAAGCGCAUGCUGCACAGUUUGAACCAAACGCAUGCUGCAUGUACUUGCGCAGUACAUGGCAAAAGGAGGUUUGGGAAGGUAAGUAGAACAGUGGGGGAGGGAUCAGCUGUGGCGCGAUCUUGGGAACCUUUUUAAAAACUGUUUUAAAGCAUUUUUCACUACCGGUUCCCCCGAAUAGGUGGUAAAAAAUGCUUUAAAAAAAGAUUUAAGAAAAAAGGUUCCGACGAUCACAGCUGCGCCGUGCAAUCGUCGGAACUUUUUAUUUUACUUUUUUAAAGCAUUUUUUAACUACCUAAUUGCCUGAACUGAUAGUAAAAAAAAAAUGCUUAAAAAGUUAAAAAAAAAAAAGUUCCAAUGAUCAGCUGAGCAAUGCGCAAUCGUCGGAACUUUUUUUUUUACUUUAAAGCCGUGAAAAAAAUGCUUAAAAAGUAAAAAAAAAAAGUUCCAACAAUCACACCUCACUCAGUUGAUCAUUGGAACUUUUUUUAAAAAAAUUACUACCGGUUUGGCGAACCAGUAGCAUUUUUUACUACCGGUUCGGCCAAAGCAUCCUGAACCAGUAGCAUUUCACUCCUGGGCCUGUGGGCCGGUUGCAUCAUGCACAGGCCAUACCCAUCUAGCUCCACAAAGGGAAAAAAUGUCACAGUAUGUCAUGUGACGGCAAUGUAAUGCCACAAAUUUGAUACCUAUGUAUUAGAGGGUUGUUAAAGCACUUGGAGGUUUAUCUGUGACCUCAGGGUCAACUGACUGAUGCUUUUUUAGUCUGCAAUUUUUUCCUCUUGAGAAAAUUCUACUCUCACACUGUUCAAAGGGUGCUCAUCCCAAAUUGGAAAUCAUCCUCUUUUAGCUAUACAAUUUGGGAUGAACACCCUUUGAAUGGUGUGGAAGUGCUUUAACGACCUUCUAAGAGGAUGCAAAUGACCAGCUGUCUACAAGGAAUAUAAAUCCUUCCAUUCCCCACUAUUGUGUCAGAGGAAGCUUCUUGGAUGAGAAACGAGAUGUCUUCAAAGAAAGAACAAGAAAGUCCAGUUGCCUCCAGAAAAAAGCACUUUAGGGACGCGUCAUGAAUUAAACUUAUUGUAUGUGGUAUACGAAACUCAAAACUAAUUACUUUGCUUAACUUUGUUUUUUUGUUACCCUACAGCUCAUGACGUAGAGUUUUAAUUUUCCAUCUGCUCUGUGGAAAAACAAGGAUUUUCUAUGGAUCUUGUUUUUUGUUUAUGCUCUGUAGCCAGGGAAAGCAUAGCAAGGUUUAUUUUCUGGGCCAUGGGGUUUUUGUUUUUUUGUAAUCUGAAGUAAAGGUAAAAUUGUACUUUGAAGUUUUUUCAUUGAGCUAAUUACAGUAUUAUCUAGAAAACAUUCAUUAACGCAUUCAAGAAGUUUCAUUAAUGUUGACAUUAUUCAGAUGGUAAGUUUAUGAUAACCACAAGAAAACUACGAACUGAUUUAAAACUCCAUAUUGAUGCUUUUUUCAGUUUUUAUUCAGAGAAAUUCCUUUCACAGUCAAGAGUGUAAAAUUCUGUCUGAGAAUAGAGACAUUUUGACUGUUGACUGAAUUUUAGAAUAAUUGUAAAAACUUCUAAAUGCCCUUUUAUCAUUAUGGAGCAGAACCAUCUUUUUAGAGGUGUAACUGUUCAGAACGCUAUAGGAUUGUUCACUUUUUUUGCUGAUUACUUGUGCUGGAUCCAUUCCAAGCUCUGUGUACCCUCUACUACAAAAAUCAUGGGUAGGAGGAACCAUCAUUAGUGGUGAGACUAUGACAUCUCUUGGACUCAUCUCAAGAAGUGAGCAAUAGACAAAGUAGUGACCUCCAAAAGGCACGUAUGAGCUUCUCAUUAAUUAAGUCAGUCAUCAGAUCGUUGACAAAUUUGGGUGGUAUUUUUUUUAUAGUCAAUGUUCUUGAAUUAGCUUCAGAACUUCAUUCGUAAGAACCAGGAUGAAAACAAAAUGAAACCAAAUGCUAUUCUACAGUUAAAUAAUGAAGAAGCCUACCUGACACACGUACCUGUAACUUAGUCAUUUCCACAGAAACUAGUGUUUCAAUCAUUGAGACGGAACUUCCCCCUAUCAGGUAACAUGUUUGAAAAUUAGGGUGUGAUCUGGUCCUAGUAUUAUGUGACAACAUUGGAAUAGAUCAGUUUUCAGCUUGAUUCCUUCAUAAUGACAGUUGCGUGUUUGGGCAGAGGAAUUAUACGAUGGUGAAAUCAUUCCUUUUCGAAACAAAAACCGCUGGAGGGAUAUUUACAAUGUAGUGAGAACUGUGAGUUUCACAGAUUCCCGCUUUAGUGAGGGCAGAAAAAAGACAGGUAGUCCUCAAUUUAUGAUGGGUGGCUUAACAAUAAAGGGCCUGCCCAGGGGUGCUUAUAACCCAGAUCUGAAAUUCUCAUUGCAGUCACAUGAUCGCAUUUGGGUUGCUCAGCAACUGAUCCACAUUUAACAGCUAUUUGCACUGUCCCCCGGUCACAUUAUAGGGUUGGGUUUUUUAUUUUUGUUUUUCUAGAAACUGGCUUUUACUUCCAAGUUUCAGCAAAAAUACUCCCAUUGUGAGUAAUGGAUUCACUUCAGAACAAAUGACUUGCUUUACGACCGCAAUAUCCGCUUAAUGACUAUCACACAAAAGGUUGUAAAAUUGGUUUCAGUCUUGUGAUGUGUUUAACCACCAGCAAUAAUAGAACAAAAGCCUUGAAAUUCCUAGAGAUAGGACAAUACAGGUAGUCCUUGACUUAUAACCGUUCAUUUAGUGACUGUACAAGGUUACAAUCAUACUGAAAAAAGUGACUUAUGUCUGUCUUUCACAGUUCCAAUCUUUGCAGCAUCCCCAUGAUCAUGUGAUCAAAAUUCAGAUGCUUGGCAACUGGUUCAUACUUAUGACUUGCUAUGUCCCAAGAUCACAUAAUCCCCUUUUGCGACCUUCUGACAAGCGAAGUCAAUAGGGAAACCAGAUUCUCUUAACAACCGGGUUACUAACUUAUCAACUGUGGUGAUUCACUUAACAUCUAUGUUAAGAAAGGUCAUAAAAUGAGGCAAAACACACUUAACAAAUAUCUUAAUUAGCAACAGAAAUUUUGGGCUCGAUUAUCGUAAAUCGAGGACUACCUGUAAUUGUAGAACACCCUGGCAUGUUCAGCGUUGCACCCAUUUCUGUCCCCAGGAAUUUUGUUAGCCUAAGUAGCUGUGCUUCAGUGCACAAAAAGGCCCUAUAAUCAUUUCUACCUGCUGUUCCAAUACUGUGUUACAUCUCCAUUUCUCACUCAGACAUUGCAAAGAAUCACUUUGCUAAAAAUAAUGACUUUCCAAUCAGUUGAUAAAAUAAUUUAGUCAUGGACAUAAUGUGCAAGCCUAUUGAAUUUUUCUUUUGGAUAGCUAAGGUGGGUGCACACACAAAUCUUGUAUCAGUUACAUAAUUGGUCUGUACUGGAGUAACUACAUUUAUCAUCUCACUUUCUCACACUAAAGUCAUGAUGACAUGGAAACAUAGUCCUCGACUUACAACCACAACUGCCCCCCCCAAAAAAAUUUCCAUUGCUAAGCAAGACCAUUGUUAAGUGAGUUUUGCCCCAUUUCACGACCUUUCUUGCCAUAGUUAGGUGAAUCAUUGCACUUGUUAAGUUAGUAACAUGGUUGUUAAAUUCAAGAUGGCGCUGAGGAAGGCUGCCUCGGUGAAAUGCUCUCUAAUGGUUUCUUUAUUUCUAAUUGUUCUCUGUGACUCACUACGGAUUUCCUACUCACGAGACCAUCUGCUAAAAAUUAAGCAACAUUUCUUUAAGGAGCAGCUUUCUUUGAUCUCACCCCCACCUGUCUUUACAAACACGGAGGAGAUUCUAACACAGGAGGAGGCAAUUCCCACAGAGCCAUGGAUUACUAAAAAAAACCAAACGACGGAAGCAAAGGAAGAGAGAUAAACGAGCUGGGAUCUUAAACAGAUUAAGAAAUCGCAUUAAAACUCCUCUGCCUUCAAUUUUCCUAACAAAUAUACACUCACUUGCAAAUAAGAUGGAUGAAAUACUCCUCUUAAACAAAUACUAUUCUGAUUUUCGCAAUUCAGCAGUCCUAUGCUUCUCUGAAACCUGGUUAAAUGAAUCAAUUGAAGAUAGCAGCCUGAACACUCCAGGGUUUCAGAUUGAAUGAUCAGACAGGAUUACAGAAACAUCUGGUAAAAAGAAAGGAGGAGGCUUAUGCCUAUAUAUUAACAACAACUGGUGUCAAGAUUUUAAAAUAAUUUACAAAUUCUGUGACAACAAUUUAGAGACUUUAAUUAUCAACUGCAAACCAUACUAUUCGCCUCGUGAAUUUUUCUCAUUUCUUCUAAUUGCUGUUUAUGUUCCACCACAAGCCUGUGUAAACAAGGCAUUACGAACUCUAGCUGACCAAAUCAUGGAGGCUGAAGCCAAACACCCUGAUUCACUGGCCAUUGUUCUGGGGGAUCUAAACAAGGCAAACUUAAGGAAAGAGCUACCAAAAUGGGCCUCUGUGGCUCAGGCUGCUAAUGCAGUCUGUUAUUAACAGCAGCUGCCUGCAAUUACUGCGGGUUCUAGUCCCACCAGGCCCAAGGUUGACUUAGCCUUCUAUCCUUUAUAAGGUAGGUAAAAUGAGGACCUAGAUUGUUGGGGGCAAUAAGUUGACUUUGUAUAUAAAUAUACAAAUAGAAUGAAGACUAUUGCUAACAUAGUGUAAGCCGCCCUGAGUCUUCGGAAAAGGGCGGGAUAUAAAUGCAAAUAAAAAAAAAUACUUUCAGCAUGUCAAUUGUCCCACCAGAGGCAAGAAUACUCUAGACCAUUGCUAUACAACACUAAAAGAUGCUUAUUGGUCUUUACCACGUGCAGCUGUAGGACACUCAGAUCAUUGCAUGAUUCACCUUGUACCUGCUUACAGGCAAAGACUUAAAACCACAAAACCAACAAUUAAAUCAGUGAAGAUCUGGACGAAGGAGUCAAAAUUAAAGCUACAGACAUGCUUUGACUGCACUGAUUGGAAUAUUUUUGAAGAUACCUCUGCAGACCUGGAUGAACUCACAGAUACUGUAACAUCAUAUGUCAGCUUCUGUGAAGACCUAUGUGUACCUACAAGGAACUUGCAAAUAUACAGUAACAACAAACCUUGGUUCACACCUAAACUUAACUACGACAUUCCAAAGAGGAAACCUACAGAAAAGGUGAUAAAAUGCUGUACAAUCAGGCCAGAAAUGCACUAACAAAGGAGAUCAGAGUAGCAAAAAGAAGCUACUCUGAAAAGCUAAAGAAUCAGUUUUCAGCAAAUGAACCAGCAAACAUAUGGAAAACUCUUAAAAAUAUCACCGGUUAUGGCAAACAUCCUUUCCGGGCUGAAGGUAAUCAACAACUGGCAGAUGAUCUGAAUGAGUUUUACUGCAGGUUUGAAAGGAAACUAUAGCCACCUAUCUCCACAACCCCCAUCUCAGACAUACCAACAACAGCCAAGCCUCCUACAACUGACCCCAUUUUAUUGGGUUCACAACCCCUAGUUAUCACAGAAAAGGAAGUGCAGGACCUAUUUCACAGACAAAAGCCAGGAAAAGCUCCAGGCCCAGACAAGAUAACGCCUUCUUGCUUAAAAGUCUGUGCUGACCAAUUGGCCCCCAUCUUCACCCAUAUUUUUAAUAAAUCACUAGAGAUGUGCUAUGUUCCUUCUUGUUUCAAACGCUCUACCAUCAUCCCAGUGCCGAAGAAGCUCACCACCAAGGAACUGAAUGACUACAGACCAGUUGCUUUAACAUCUGUGGUCAUGAAAACCUUUGAAAGGCUAGUGCUUUCCUACUUGAAAACCAUCACGGAUCUGCUGUUAGACCCCUUGCAAUUUGCAUACCGAGCAAAUAGAUCAACAGAUGAUGCUGUUAAUAUGGCUCUGCACUACAUCCUACAACAUCUUGAGUCUCCAAAGACCUAUGCAAGGGUCCUCUUUGUAGACUUUAGUUCAGCAUUCAAUACCAUCAUUCCAGACACUCUUCUAACUAAGCUAAACCAGCUACAAGUACCAGAACAGACUUGUAAGUGGAUCACAAGCUUCCUAACAAACAGGAAGCAGCAGGUGAAGCUAAGCAAGAUCACAUCAAAUACCUGUACAAUUAGCACAGCCCCCCCCCCAAGACUGUUUGCUCUCCCCACUUCUCUCUGUAUACCAGUGACUGCAUCUCCAACGAUCCAUUUGUUAAGUUACUGAAGUUUGCAGAUGACACAACAGUGAUUGGUCUCAUUUGAGACAAUGACGAAUCCGCAUAUAGACGAGAGGUUGAACGACUAGCCUUGUGGUGCAACCAAAACAAUCUGAAACUGAACACACUCAAAACUGUAGAAAUGGUGGUAGACAUUAGGAGAAACCCUUCUAUAUUUCCACUUCUCACAAUACUUGACAACACAGUAUCAACAGUAGAAACCUUUAAAUUUCUAAGUUCUAUCAUAUCACAUGAUCUAAAAUAGACAGCUAACAUCAAAAACAUCAUCAAAAAAGGACAACAAAGAAUGUUCCUUCUGCGCCAACUCAGUAAGCUCAAACUGCCCAAGGAGCUGCUGAUUCAGUUCUACAGAGCAAUUAUUGAGUCUGUCAUUUGCACCUCUAUAACUGUCUGGUUCGGUUCUGCAAUCCAACAAGAAAGACACAGACUUCAGAGGAUAAUUAGAACUGCAGAAAAAAUAAUUGCUACCAACCUGCCUUCCAUUGAGGACCUGUAUACUGCACGAAUCAAGAAGAGGACCAUGAAAAUAUUUACAGAUCCCUCACAUCCAGGACAUAAACUGUUUCAACUCCUACCCUCAAAACGACGCUAUAGAGCACUGCACACCAGAACAACUAGACACAAGAAUAGUUUUUUCCCGAAGGCUAUCACUCUGCUAAACAAAUAAUUCCCUCAACACUGUCAAACUAUUUACUAAAUCUGCACUACUAUUAAUCUUCUCAUCGUUCCCAUCACCAAUCUCUUUCCACUUAUGACUGUAUGACUGUAACUUUGUUGCUGGCAAUCCUUAUGAUUUAUAUUGAUAUAUUGACCAUCACUUGUGUUGUAAAUGUACCUUGAUGAACGUAUCUUUUCUUUUACAUACACUGAGAGCAUAUGCACCAAGACAAAUUUCUUGUGUGUCCAAUCACACUUGGCCAAUAAAAAAUUCUAUUCUAUUCUAUUCUAAAUGAAUCUGGCUUCCCCAUUGACUUUGCUUGCCAGAGAGUUGCAAAAAGUUAUCACAUAACCAUGGGAAUGCUGCAACAUUCCCAUGUGAAAAAGAUUUCAGUGUUGUUGUAACAGUUACUAAAAUGAAUUGUUAUAAGUCGAGGACUAUCUGUAGAUAUAGUUCGCUGGUUUUAAAGCCUUAACUAAUUCCUACUGCAUUCUACUGAUUCAUGAAUUAUUCACAUCACAUCUUGCACAAUUCUUAGAAGUCAUUUGUCCAAUUUUUCGGUCAAUCCAUCUCAAUUUUUAAGAAAACGUUAUUGCCAACACGGUCAAAACAAUAAGUUGAUGUAACCCGGUUAUCCCAAAACUGUACAUUUAGGGAAAUACUCCCCUCCCCUUUCUUUCAUUGUGUCCAAUUCUGGAAGAUUGGUCAAGUGUGACAGUUUUCUUUGCAAUGGUUUUUCAGAAGUGAUUUGCCAUUGCCUCCUUCCUCCUUCCAGCUGGCUUUGUGCCUAAGGGGGGAGCCAUGAAACUAGAACUCAGUCUCAGCUGAUAUUUUCACUACUAUACCAAACUGGCACCCAUGGAGAAAUAGGAUACCAAAAAUUGGAGGGGUUAUAUAACCCCUAUAACAAAUUUGAAGAGCAAUGUUAAAACAUUGCUUUACUUGCCAUGAUAGCAUUUAACUUAAAACUCACAAAACAGAGCAUCAAAAAAAUAGUCUGAAAUUAUUUAAAAAUGUAAAUAAACAAAAGGCUUGUUUUCAUUUAUGCUGACUCUUUUCAUAGAGAGCAAUAGAAACGUUCCUGUCCUUCAUGCGUUAAGUAAGUUCCUUAGUGAUACUCUUGAAUAACAAUUGAGUAAAAGGCUGUGUAUAGAAUAUUUGCCCUAGUGCAUUUUAUUAAUUUUGUACUGAUGGUGUUUCAGAUUUAUUGUAAUCAUAUGCUUUCAUCAGUGUUUCUCAAUAAAGACUCAUUAAAAAUUUCA